GGACGAGAAGCAGACGCGGCUUUUUGCCCCCUGGGAGCUCUUUUCUCGCCCAGGAGCAGCAUCCAGGCAAGAUCACAGCCUGUAGAAUGCUGUAGAAUGCACUACGUAUCAGCCGCAUGGUCCUCGCAAUAGCCCUCCCGCCACCGCUCAAGGCCCUCUCCCUCUCCACAGCCGUCGCAACCUGCACGGCCCUCACCGUCCUCUUCUUCGGCUCGUUUUACCUGCUCCCAAAGAAUGACCCCUCCCGCACAACCCCCCCGUCCCGCAACGAUCCCGCCGUCGUACGCGCCCGCUUCAUAAGCGUCGGGCUGUCAUGUGUGCUAUCGUUGGGCGGUGUCGCCUUUCUGCUUCAUGGCGGUGACUCUACCAAGUCCUUCUGGCCCUAUGUAGGCAUAAACGGGACAACGGCCCUGUCAUCAAUCACACUAGGCCUAGUUCUCACGGCAACGCUUUUCGCCGGUCCUCUGUAUGUGGCGCAUCUCGAAGGCGAGCUGCCAUUUCAGGGAAACGCGAGCCAGUUGCGGUUAGAGGCUGGCGAUAUUCUCAGUUGGCGGAACUACGUCGUCGGCCCGAUUUCGGAAGAGGUUGUGUUUAGGGGCUGCAUGGUACCUCUCUUCUUGGCAUCCGGGGUCACGCCCACACAAUGCAUCUUCAUUCUUCCCCUGUUCUUUGGCAUUGCCCACGCGCACCACGGCUACGAGCUCUACCACCGCCUCCGCACCACCCUCGUCCCCGCCCGCGCCCUCACCCACGUCCUGCUCGCCUUCGCCUUCCAGUUCUCCUACACCAGCCUCUUUGGAUGGUUCGCGACGUUUCUGCUCCUUCGCACGGGAAAUAUCAUGGCCCCCAUCGUCGCACAUGUGUUCUGCAAUAGGAUGGGCGUGCCGGAUUUGCCCGGGGCGGCGGCAGCGGGGUUUCCGGGGCGUAAGAAAGCAAUCUUUGCAGCAUACAUAGCAGGUAUGCUCGGAUUCAGUUUCCUGAUGUUUCCUGCAACCGAUCCGACCCUUUUUGGCGGUGCGGCCUCCCUCUACCGCAGCGUCUGACUGCGGCACUAAGCGUGGGAGCUUGGCAGAUCCGUUCGACCGACUGUGCGUGACGGGUGUGAAUCAGUGAUACAUGUACAUAGGCUUAGGGUGGGCACAUUAUUUUUGGGUGGCGGUAUAUGAUUUCGAGACAAGGUAGAAGCUCUUCUCUAUAGUCCAUAUGUACAUACUCAGCAUCAAACAGCAAAGCAACGUCUUCGGUUCUAUAUGCCGCUGUCAAAGGCUCUUGUAUAGACAAUGUGACGUAAGGUAGACAUUAUUGAUGAAAGGGAAGG